UUUCUCCUGUCUUCACAAUAACCAGUUUGAUGUACAGCGGGGAGCAAAAUAUUAAGUUAACUGCUUACAGCUUAAUUUAAUCAUCCUAGUGUCCCAGUGGAUAGUCACGUCCCAUCAAACCCUGCCUCUGCUGAGUCAGUAAUUUGAUUAGUUGUAAUAAGGAAAUAAAGGGUGUGUGUGUGUGUGUGUGAUGGUAUGCAGAGAGAGGAAGACACAGUCAUGCUGAGUUAGUGAGGCACAUGACAAUAUACACAGAGCAUUUUAUUAUGCAGAGGGAGUCUGCAUUCAAAUCAGCCACAGCCUUAGAUUUAAAUAAGUUUACACAUCCCUUUUCACAUGCUAUUCAGUCCACUUUAUUCCUUGUUCGGACUCUGAGCCCCACCGAGGCCUGAGUGAGUCUUGCCUCCUUCCUCUCACUUUUCAGAGUAGUUUGAAUUAGAGAAAUGUCUUCCUCACUGAAGCAGAUGUCAAACGGCAGCUCAUCAGGCUUCUGUAGUUUGCCGCCGUUAUCAAUGGCUGCAAAGGCAUCUGGCCAUAGUGGUUGCUAUGGGAACCAAAGGUUCACGAUUGAAAUACUGAUAUAGUGAUAAAAAAUAGAAAAAUACACAAGUAACAGUGAAGACAAUAGAGACAUGUUUUGAAUUCUAUACGUACCCUCUUUCUCUGAAGUGAAGCGACACACACUCCACCUCUCCUAACUGAGAGAAGCGCUCUCUCAGUUCUUGUGUCAUCGACCUGCGGAUACGGCCGACGUACACCACCCUGUGCUCGUCCUGUUGGAGAGUUUUACAAUCACUCACCAUUCAUUGCUUAUCUAGGUGAAAACAACACUAAGUGUAAUAUUUUACUGUAAGUUUCUUUAUCCUCAUUUGGAUGACCCUACACGAGCAGUAUUGAGGCAUUGUUUUUUUUACGUAUGAAGAAGUUGUCACCAUUUACUUUAAUUGUAUUUAAUUUUGCUGCAUCCUCUUCAGGUGCUCUGGGCUCUAUGGACAGAAAUGCGUUUUGUGGUUAAGCAACGUUUUCUAUGUGAUCUCAAAUUACGUGACAGUGAUUUUCAGUUAAUAGAACUCUAUUGUUUACAGCAACACACACGUGGUGUCCACAGCUGCUGUGCCCACACCACGCUACACAGAGAGCUGCUACCGGUGUACCCUAAAUAAUCGUACCCCCAUUACAUAUGCUUGUAUUGUACAAAUAGUUUGAGAUGUGAACUCAAUACAUUGAGUGGAUAACCCAAACCCAUUCAAAUAAUGCACAAAGAUCUUACAUUAAGUUAAAUGUGCAUUUUUCAAAAAAAAACUUCAAAGAUUCAUGAGGGAUGACAUGAUAUUUUGUAAUUGACCUAACAACAAAGGAUCAAAGCCUAACAACAAAGGAUCGAAGGCAAAUACCUAAAAGUGUUGGUUGUCACGGGCAAUCAGCCAAAUAUACAAGAAGACAACACAUAUCAGUCACUCUUGUUGGAAGCAUACACAAGUCCAAGAGACAAGCACCUACAAGCUUUGGAUUGAUAUUCGUGAUUUAAACUUCAUUUCACUGUGUGUGCUGACUUCUCCAAGAUGAAUCGUCUCUGUGAUAAGGUCCUCAGGAAACAUCAAGGUGAACCCUGUGAGGAGGUUGGCAGGUUGAGAGGAAGGAAAAGGAAAGAAAGAGAUGAUGAAGAGGGAAAACCAGAAAAGAGGAAGAGACGACGUGUCCUUGACUCGAAUGAACACGACUCAGCGGAGGCUGAUAUGAUUCGAAUAAGCAGGAAGAGAAACUUCUCUGCUGAUGGCGGGGAAGUGAGAGAGAAAAAGAGGAGGGUUGUUGAGAUGAAGACCCUGGAUGCCUCAGGAGACAACCCAAUAGUUGACCUUGAGGCCAAAUACUUUGUGCUGGGUCAGCUUGGUGGAGGAGGCUGUGGAUCAGUGUUCGCUGGCUUCCGCAGAGAAGAUCUUGUUCCGGUGGCGAUCAAGCACAUACCGAAGGAAAAUCUUUACUGCAAACAAGUGUGCCUGAAUGGAAAGAAGUUCCCUACAGAGGUGGCCAUAAUGCUGAAACUGACAGCAAAGAAAAAUGACUCCGUGGGGACGUCAGCACCAGUAUCAAUACUGGACUGGUAUGACCUGGGCCAUGAGUUGAUCGUGGUGAUGGAGAGACCUGUCCCUGCCAUUGACCUCUCCACAUAUAUAAAGCUCAAAAGAGGCUCUCUACAGGAGGGGGAUGCCAAGAACAUAAUGAAGCAGCUGGUGGACGCAGCCAUUGGGCUGGAGAAGAACGGAGUCUUUCACCGGGACAUCAAACCUGAAAAUAUCCUGAUUGAGAUUGGCCAAAGUGUCCCACGGGUUCGCGUCAUUGAUUUUGGGCUGAGCUGUCUCACGAAGAAAGGCUCAUUUUACAGCGUAUUCUUUGGCACGGAAAAGUACGCACCUCCAGAGUAUUGCAGCUCUUCUGUCUACAGGGCUGGUCCAAGCACAGUGUGGCAGCUUGGCACAGUCCUGUAUGAGAUGCUCCACAAUCAGGGAUUCAUGACCAAACGCUUCCUCAGAAAACAAUUGAAAAUCAGCAGCGGACUGGGCAAAAACCUCAAGGAUUUCCUCCAGCUGUGUUUGGAGAAGGACCCUAAGCUGCGUCCCACCCUGACAGAGCUGCAGCUUCACCCGUGGCUGAGGGAAACAUCGCCUCCUAACCCUGACAAAAACACCUGAUUUUAGCAGUGUAAUGAAUGUAUAAUAUAUAUAAUAGAUCUGCUGCAGGAGACUGGUCAGAAAACCCCCUUGUGUCACUGACUUUCUGCCAAACGCUGAGAUAUGGUUUGCACUUUAACUAAAUGCACAGUAUGUACUUUGUUUUUCAUUUUGAUCAUUAAAGAAUCAUUUUAACAUCGUAA